AUGUGUAGCACAAAGAAAAGCUUGUUGGUUGUAGGCCUAGACUUUGGCACAACGUAUUCGGGCUAUGCAUAUUCGUUUAACUAUGAAUAUGCCAUUAAACCCCUAAAGAUUCGCGUGAACAAAUUCAAGGGGAUAGGCAGUGGGACUGAUUUCUACAAAAUACCCACAGUCAUCUUGUUCCCCCGUUCAAGCACAGAUGAUAAUGACGUAUACUUCGGGAGUGAGGCUGAGGAGAAGUACGCAGAUCUUGUGAUGGAUCAAAAGUCGCACAAUUGGCUUUUGUUUCGACAUUUCAAGAUGGCGCUUUAUGACAAAAAAAAUCUUAGUCGUACGACCAAGUUAGAGUCGGUCUGUGCGGUACAUCAUUCAGCUUUCGACGUAUUUUCAAAGGCAAUAGGCUACUUUAAGAGACACCUUAUGGAUUCGAUUAGAAACGAAGUAACUACCAUCACAAAAGAUGAUAUAAACUGGGUUAUCACCGUCCCAGCAAUUUGGAACGAUGCUGCCAAGCAAUUCAUGAUAGAAGCGGCUUUAGAGGCAGGAAUACAAAAGAACCAUCUCCUGUUAGCCCUCGAGCCAGAAGCCGCGUCCUUGUAUUGUCGCGUUCUUCCCGUAGAUAAAAAAGAGGGAGCCAGCAACCAAAUCAAUGUCUUCCAACCGGGAACAAAGUACAUGACACUGGACAUAGGAGGAGGCACGGUUGACGUGACAGUUCACCAGAUAGAGAGUGAUCAGCGUCUCAAAGAAAUACACAAGGCAUCUGGCGGUGCUUGGGGAGGAACAAAGGUAGAUGAAGAUUUUAUCAGAAAGUUACACAAUUACUGUGGACAGGCAGAGUACGAGGAAUUUGCCAGGGGAAAUCCUGCAGAAUGUUUAGAAUUGCAGCAUAGUUUUGAAAUAGCCAAGAGAAGUACAAAAAAGGCUCUAGAAAGUGAAUGGAUUAGUAUCUACAUUCCCCACGAGCUUAGAUGCAAAUGGGAUCGAAGCAGUGAGAAUUUAGAAUAUAAAUGGACUGGAGAUAAAAUGAGGUUGAAAAGGGUGAUAUUUGAAAAUUUGUUUGAGAGUUCAAUUCAAAAUAUCUUAAACCACUUGCGUGCUCUGUUACAAAACCCGGCCCUUGAAAACUUAGACGCAAUGUUUCUGGUAGGUGGCUACUCAGAAUGUAGCAUUCUUCAAGAUAGAAUAAAGCGCGAGUUUCAGAACUGUGUACGGGAAUUUCAUGUGCCCAGAGAUCCUGGGCUAGCAGUGAUGAUGGGGGCGGUACUUUACGGGCAUGAUCCGUCCAUGGUUUGCAAGCGCAUUAGCUGUCAAACAUAUGGUAUUGAAACAAACACAAAUUUCGACCCAAAUAUUCACCCCCUUAAUAAAAAACACGUAUUGACCAAACAUAUAUACCAAACGUCCGUUGCCUUCAAAGUGUACGUUUCACCAAAUGCAGACGUCAAGUACACCACAGACCCCGAAUGUGUAAUGAUUGGCUCUUUAACCCUAGAAAUGCCUGACACAUCAUUGGGUAUAAACCGACCGAUGGAUGUUACCUUCAGAGUAGGUGGUACCUAUCUGGACGUAUUUGCUAAAGACCGACAACAUGACCCUGACAAGGACAGUGAAGGGGAAACCUCGUUAUCCGUUUCCUACGUUGCACCAGAUUACAUGGGUCAAAAAGGACGAACCGCACAACUGCAGGGCUGUUUGCUCUCGAUAGGAAUACCAAGUGUCAAGCUAGUCAUGGGUUCAGAGCCAGUACAAGAACUGAACCAAAGCUGGCUUGGUAAUGUCUUCUUUGCUACCUUGGCAAUUGUUGGCAUGGAAGGAGUUGGAUUCAAGAAUGCAAAGUGA